GAAACCUAUUUACCAGAAGUUCAGAGCGGUUGCAUGAAGCUGAAAGGCAGUCAGUAGGGAGACGUGGAAAAUGCACCAGAUUUACAGCUGCAGCGACGAGAAUUUAGAAGUUUUCACCACUGUGAUUUCAUCCAAAUCAUGUAGUCCUGCCCGAAGACGAGCCAAAACUACGCAGCACAUCCUAACAAAGAACGUGGUGGCCAUCUCCGACCGCCGGCCCCACCAGGGUGACCUGCUGCAGGUGCUGUACAGCGAGGACGAGGCGCGGGGCCUGGGCGGGCAGAGGGGGCCCCGCCCCGCCAAGGGCACAGCCCAGCACGUGGGAAUUAAUGAACGAGAGUCAUCCAAGUCCUAUAGUCACCUGUUGGAUGGAAAGUCUUUGAUUCCUCCAUCUCCAGUUGCCCAUAUCACAGUGAAAACUGUGACUGUCACAGGCUCUCCCACACGUGACUGCACUUCUACAGAGGACCACAGGCACCGCUGGAGAAAGACAACAGAGUAUGACCUGGCCCUGCCACCAGGAGCAGAAGCUUCCCUGCCACUGACAGGAGGCAACUUGUGCGGGACACCCAGCCUCCUAAGGAAGAUGUGGAUGAAGCACAAGAAGAAGUCAGAGUACCUGGGGGCAACAAACAGUGCCUUUGAGGCGGACUGAUGAGGCUCAGCAUCACUUGGAAAGGCAGAAGGUCCUUUAGCCAAGGUGCUUUACAGAACAGACACAGCACAGCUCAUCCAGGAAAACAAUAUCCUUUUUAUUACUUCAUGCCAUUGCCUCAAAACAGUGGGAGAAAGGCUAACUAAGAUAAAAGUGGUGAACAUGAUGCAACUCACUGGCCUUUCUUUGUUGCAUUAUACUAAAAUCCCAAGUAUCCCACUAGAUUUACAUCUUGAUUCAAAGAUGCUGAAACUACUGCUGACCCAUUCACCAUUUUCUAUGUCCUGUCUGAAUCAGCUCAGACUUACAAGAAAAGCCUACCAAGAGGUUUGUGUAUUCCUGCAAGGCAAUAGAUCAGUAACAGAGUGCCAUUGAAUCCCAGGGAUCUACUUGUUGUGUACUGCUGCUUGCUGUCUUUCCCCUCUCAUAUCAUGAGAAAAAACCCACAUCUUACGAUAUGCUUGGUUGAAUGACACAUCCUAAACAUUUUUCUUACUUCAGUUUCAGUGUUUCAAGACUGGAGUAGACGAUGCAAAAAAUUUAAAACAAUGGGCCAGGACUGAGAAAAUCUCCAGACAUAUGUACCAAAUUUGUGAUUGAUGUUUCAAAGUGUUCUGCCAGAUUAAGCUAUGAGCAACUGAAUAACCUCAAGGGAUACUUUCUGCCAUAGAACCUGCUUACAUGUGAAGUAGUAGUCAGCAACUUAACCUCUACCCAUGUGGUAGAGGAUAUUUCAUUAAGUGCUCAAAAUACUAGAAGGAAAGAAAACAUAUAAAUGGUGCAACUAGGUAACUAAACAUGAGAUAUUUGCAUGUAGGAGACCUGUGCUUAUGAAUAGAUAGAUUUAAUGGAAUUUGCUUAAUUUUUUUUCUCAAUUUAGAAAUAGCUGGUCAGGGCCUCUUGGGUUUUUGUCUCAAAAAAAGAAACAAACAGCUUUACAAAAAGGUUUUCACCACGGUUAUAGAUAAUAUUACACUAGUCAUGAGCAGUACUUGCCUCCUAUGAGUGCUCCCCUGGUUCUUAUAAAAGACAUUGGUUUCCCUGAAUACAGAACUUUAUUUUUCAAGCUGGAGGAAGGAUAUAUCCUGUUGCUCAUAAUAAUGAUGAUCUCUAAUCUAACAGCCAGUGCACCAAAGCAUAAAUUAAAAAUACAAGUUUUACUCUGUGACAGAAGCAGAAGGAAGAAGCUCCCAUCUGAAACUUGCUUGCCAGCAGCCAGUGCAGUAAAAUGCACUGAGAUGCCACCAAAAGCAGUGCCAUGGUACAUACUGAGGUGAGGAGGCUCAGACAACUGUCCCUGGUCAGGGGCCACCAGCUCAGAAGUACCAGGGUACCACCUGGCCAGGAGAGAAAGGAGACAGGCCCUCUGGCUUUGGGUUGAGCAGGGUAGAGCAGCACACAGGAAAGGUUUGCAGCUUGACAGCCUGAGCAACUGAAAUCCUUGGAACGGGAAAGCAAAUGGAACAGUAGCUUCACAGAGAAAAUGUGCCCAGUGGCUCCAGGGAAGCCAGUAAGGGACACCUAUGUGGGGCUAGACAUGAUGGAGGAGGCAGUAGAGUGGGGUGGAAGCAUUAUUUAAAAAGAUAACUGUGGCUUUUCAUACAGCCAGAGCCCACUCCGGAGUCUGCCAAAGAGAGAGAGAGGCACCAGACCUUCAUGAAAUACCUCUGUCAGCCCUCACAUUCAGUUGUCUGUCACUGCUUCAGUCACAGGCUCCUCGUUCGGAGGUGCUCAACUACUCAGUACAACCUUGCAACUAGAAAUCACACAGACUUUCAGUCCUCCUUACCAAAGGUAAAAGUCCUUUUCUGGCCCAGCAGCCUGACACAGGCAUGAUCUGCUCUCCUGCUUUUAUUUCUUGUUCCUGUGAGCAAGGAGAACACAGUUCCUUGUUAACUACGUGCUGGAUGUGGCAUUUUUUUCUAGGACCUGGCCUCUGCUAGAAACUCCUCUGCAAAUACCCAGCAUUAACCACGUGCCACCUACCACAGCAUGUGAGAGCAAUGCCAAUGCCCACUGAAGGCUGCACACCUGAGCAGUUCCAGAGCAGUUUUCUCACAGGGGUCCACCCCACCUUAAAAUUGGAGCCUGAUACAUUGGCCGUGUGUAAUAGUCUGGGCACCGUGACCCUGCCAACACCAGGUCCUCUAUGACUGAACCAAGCUGGAGCCAUGGACAGGAGUUUCUUGAAAACACCUUUUACAAAUAUCACCAACCACCCUACAGCCCCCUCCCUAGCCCAUAGAAAUCCUGCCAGAAACCUUGGCCUUGUAGGGACAUGCUAUUUUUACGCACAUAGGUGAAUUUAGUAAGUUCAGGGGGACUGCUCCCUUGCACAGAGAUGCAGACUCAAGGAGUAAGGAGAACAGUAAUCACUUGUUCCCUUUCUUGGUCUCAUUUCCUAAACAAAGCAAAAAUAAGGACAGUGGAGAGACACUGGGAAAAGUCCAUUUGCUGAAAUUGGUAAUUAGGAGAGUGAGCAUUUGUGGUACCUGCCCUUAUAGUUAACAUGACCCAUAGAGCACCCAAACAAACUCCAGGGAAGCAAGAGUUUUGUCUGUUGAGAAAGUUGUAUUGUAGUAUUUAGUUUGUUAAUUAAUAGCUUUAAGCAGUAUGAGGAUGGGGGCAGAGAUGAUUAAUAUUUCUUUUUAAUAAUUGCUGUAUCUUGAAAUGUGUAUUUAUGUUUUUCUUAUUUAUUUAAUUUAUAAUUUGGAUCUACAAGAGGAGGAGAUAUUUACAAGAAGCAUAUUUAAUUUCUUGUAUUUCAGGUACUGCUGUGGAGAUUUUUUGUAUUGCAGUAGAUAUUUAUUUUAUUGAUUUAAAAAUAUGUUCUAUUAUGAAAAAAAAAAGUAAAUAAACAAGUAGCAUGUGGUAA